AUGAUUCAGUUAGAUCGUAUCUUGGAAGAUCCAAGAGUUCAAAUUUGUGGUUUGCGAGUAUUUAUUGAUUUCACCGGUGUCUCACCUUCUCUAUUGGAUACAAUUAAUCCGAAAAAGACCAUUAAAGAUUUAAGUAAAGUAUUACAGGAAGCUUAUCCGUUUCGUAUGAAAGGAAUAAUCUAUUAUAAUGAACCACCAAUUAUGGAAGUUUUGUUCAAAUUACUAGCACUGUGGUUGAGACCAAAAAGUAGUCCAGUCCAGGCUAUUGUUGGAAAAGAACAAAACGCCGAUUUCAAAGAAUACUUUUUAAAAAAUGAAAUAUUAUGGAGAGGUAUGGCAGUCAAUGAAAGAAAACGACCAGAAUCAUCGAAACGAUUAAUAGGUGAAUAUAAAGAAGCUGAUGAUAGAUCAAUGGGUACAACUGGAACAUUUAUUCCAUUACCUGUGAAUGACUAA